AUAACUUUUGAGAUGGAUUACGUCGUGGUCCAUGAUCCGAUUGAGUGGAGUGGCUGUUGUGUUUUUAAUUUUUUUUUUGUUUUAUAUUUUUUGUUUAAUUUUCAAAGUCACACUCUAGCCUCUAGCUGAAAACAAUAAUUCUCGCCUUUUCGUUGUGUAGUUUAGCCGGAGAUGUAUCACGGCAAUGUCGCCUUCUUGCUGUUUUCGGUUUUUGAUCGCAGCAGUGCUCUGGCUGGUCAUAGUCAAUAUUUUGAUAGCUUUAUAAUAUUCAAGUUCAGUAGAUAAAUUAAACCUUCCCCUCCCCUAAAUAAACAAAACAAAAAAUAGAAAACCCUUUUAAACAAUAAAACAUGUGCUGGUGUCUGCGCGUCUAUUGGACAGUUUUGCAUAAUUUAUUUGUUCGUUUUGUGGAAAAUCUAACCAACGCUUACUACAGUGGAUUUUGUUGUAAAAAGAAACGAAAACAAAUUGGCGAGACGAAAGACAACGAUGAUCUAUCGCCGAAUUUCGAUGAUUAUAUCAUCGUUAAUGACCUAGACUUAGAGUACUAUGUAAUUCCCACCAAAAAAAUAGAAACCGAAACGUACUAUCGCACUGUGGAUCGUAAGGCUGCUGAAGAGAGACUUUCAUGUCACGAGGAUGGAGCUUGUUUAGUUCGCCCUUACAAAGAACAAGAUAUCUCAAUUAAAUACGUUGUGACAGUUUAUGCUCAACAAAACUACUUCCAUUUGUACAUACGAAAAAUUCUCGGCACCGAAAUGUAUGGCAUUGGUCAAGAGAAACCCUGUGAGAAACUAUUCAAUGCACCAAGUGAUAUUAUCGAUUAUUAUAGACUUCAUCCACUUUUAUGUACAAAUUCAAAAAUUAGCAUAAGUCUUAAGCUUAUACCGAUAUCAUAGAAAUGGUUUUUUUUAUUUUUCUUAAUUUUAAACAAACAACUUAACUUUUUUAAAAAAAUUUAUAUAAAAAAUUUCUUUACAAAACAUAAAAUUAGAUUUAAAAAUUAUUUUGUACAA